GGAGGUUUGUAGCUGCUCGGACUCUCGUUGUUGAACAGCAUUUCUCCGCCAGGAAUAGUCAAAAAAUACUUUCUAGGACUGACUAAAGUGCCUCUCCCUUGUGAAAAAAUAGAGCUCUGAACGACGUUUCGUUUUCGGAUAUUUUGUUAGAGUGAGUUGAACAACUUUAGGAUUGAGUUUUCAGACGUGAGGAGAAAAAUUUCAUCGUGAGCGAAACGUUUUGGGAUAAAAGGACUCUACGGCGAACUGCCGCAAAGGCUGCACUCACGUACUUUCUUCGGACCUGUUUAGCUAGGUAAGAUAAAAGAAGCCGGGAGUUAACAUUAAAAACUUUUAAAAAAACAAAAACAAAACAAAACUCUGUUUAGGAGGUUAUUUUUUCCCACUCCGUUGAUUAUUUUGGGCUUUUCUGAGGGAGACGAAACAUUCUUUUCUCGUGUCGCGCAAGUUUGGCGAAAAUAUGCGCAAACCUGUUAGCUAAACGUGGACAGCUUCGUUAACGGGACGUCUGGAUUUACUGUUUUCGAGAAGUUUUUUUUCCCCCCCCGCAUCCAGUCUGAGUUUAGGAGUCUUCCUUAUCUGACCGAGCCUGACUGAUUGUCAGCUCCCCGCCAGUAAGUUGUGCACCGUGAAUGACCCACUGCUGAUGCCCCAAAGAUCUGAAUGGAGUUCCAGUCACAGAAAAGCCAACAGUUGUAGCUCCCUCAGCAGGAUGCUGAUGAGGCCAAGUAUACUUCUGUUUCUGGCUUUAUUUGCCCAAGUUUUAAGGACCCAGUGCCGGCCUGCCAGCACGGAUGAAGGUUCUGUGGAAACGCAGGCAGAGCUGUUCACUCUCUAUCUUGGGGAUCGUCUGGAUCUGAGUUGCUCUUCCAAGGACUCCCCCCAUGCUGUCAACUGGACCAAAGACCAUGUAGUUGUUGUGGAUGGAGAACACACACGCAUCCGCAGCGGCCAGCUGGAGAUCGAGGCUUUGGAGCUGUCUGACUCUGGUCUGUACACAUGCACCACCUUUGGCAACCACAGCGUCUUCUUCAACGUCACAGUUGAUACCUCAGCCUCAUCUGAGGAUGAUGAUGAGGAUGAGGAGUCUUCAUCCGAGGAAGCUAAACUGUUGGGCAGUCAAAAACUGCUUCCAAUGGCCCCACAAUGGGCUCAUCCAGAAAAAAUGGAGAAAAAGCUUCAUGCUGUUCCAGCCAGUAAGACUGUGAAGUUUCGAUGCCAAGCCAGCGGAAACCCAACUCCCACUCUGAAAUGGUACAAGAAUGGGAAGGAGUUCAAGAGAGACCAUCGCAUUGGAGGCUUCAAGGUUCGUGACCACGUGUGGACCAUCAUCAUGGAAUCUGUAGUACCCUCUGACAAGGGAAACUACACCUGUGUGGUGGAAAACCAGUAUGGCAGCAUUAAUCACACCUACCAGCUAGAUGUUGUUGAGCGCUCUCCCCACAGGCCAAUCCUGCAGGCCGGCCUACCAGCUAAUCGCACGGCAGUGGUCGGCAGUGAUGUAGAGUUUGAGUGCAAGGUGUUCAGUGACCCUCAGCCUCAUAUUCAGUGGCUGAAACAUAUCGAGGUCAACGGGAGCCAAAAUGGUCCUGAUGGUUUGCCGUAUGUCCGCGUCCUCAAGCAUUCUGGGGUCAAUAGCUCGGAUGCUCAGGUGCUGACCCUCUACAAUGUGACGGAGGAAGAGAGCGGAGAGUAUAUAUGUAAAGUGUCCAAUUAUAUAGGAGAGGCCAAUCAGUCGGCCUGGCUGACUGUCAUCAAAUAUGAGUCCUCAGCUGUCGCUCACUAUCCUCCAGCCAGCCACACCUACUUGGAGGUAGUCAUCUACUGUGUGGGCUUCUUCUUCAUCGCCGUUAUGAUUGCCAUCGCAAUCAUCGUCAAGAUUCGCACCUCCUCAAAGAAGAGUGACUUUAACAGUCAGCUGGCCGUCCACAAGCUGGCCAAAAGCAUCCCCCUGCGCAGACAGGUAACAGUAUCUGUGGACUCGAGCUCCUCCAUCCACUCUGGAGUGAUGCUGGUCCGUCCCUCCCGCCUGUCUUCCAGUGGCUCUCCAAUGCUAUCAGGAGUGUCUGAGUAUGAACUGCCCCAGGAUCCCCGCUGGGAGCUUCCUCGGGACAGACUUGUUCUUGGGAAGCCUCUGGGUGAAGGCUGCUUUGGUCAGGUGGUGAUGGGGGAGGCACUCGGUCUCGACAAAGAGAAGCCAAACCGUGUGACCAAGGUUGCAGUCAAAAUGUUGAAAUCUGAUGCCACAGAGAAAGACCUGUCAGACCUGAUUUCAGAGAUGGAGAUGAUGAAGAUCAUUGGGAAGCACAAGAACAUCAUUAAUCUGCUGGGAGCCUGCACACAGGAUGGUCCUCUAUAUGUGAUAGUUGAAUAUGCAUCCAAGGGCAACUUGCGGGAAUACUUGCGAGCUCGACGCCCACCGGGAAUGGAGUACUGCUACAACCCAGACCAGGUUCCUGUGGAGAACAUGUCCAUCAAAGACCUGGUGUCCUGUACUUACCAAGUGGCCCGAGGCAUGGAGUAUUUGGCCUCCAAAAAGUGCAUCCACAGAGAUCUUGCCGCUCGCAAUGUUUUGGUGACGGAGGACAAUGUGAUGAAAAUAGCUGACUUUGGCCUGGCAAGAGACAUCCACCACAUUGAUUACUAUAAGAAGACCACUAAUGGUCGUUUACCAGUCAAAUGGAUGGCUCCUGAGGCUCUGUUUGACCGCGUAUAUACGCACCAAAGUGAUGUCUGGUCGUUUGGGGUGCUGCUUUGGGAGAUCUUCACCCUGGGAGGCUCUCCGUACCCCGGCGUCCCGGUGGAAGAGCUGUUCAAGCUGCUGAAGGAAGGUCACCGUAUGGACAAGCCCUCAACAUGCACUCAUGAACUGUAUAUGAUGAUGAGGGACUGCUGGCAUGCUGUUCCCUCUCAGAGACCCACUUUCAAACAGCUGGUAGAAGACCUAGAUCGCUGUCUGGCCAUGACAUCCAACCAGGAGUAUUUGGAGCUCUCGGUGCCUCUGGACCAAUAUUCUCCGAGCUACCCGGACACCCGCAGCUCCACCUGCUCCUCCGGUGAGGACUCUGUUUUCUCCCACGAUGCUGGAGCGGAGGAGCCCUGCCUGCCAAAGUUCCCUCCCCACUCCAACGGGGCAGCCAUUAAGAAACGCUGAUACCUCAUCUUCAUUCAGACAAACAUUGACAUUUCCUCCGCUCCCUGCCUCAUGGGGUUGGACUUCUCCCCACAUUCCCAGAGAUGAAGCUAAAAAAACACUGUUGCUCUGUGAGAAAGGAGCUUGGAGACACCUUGUAGAACUUGUUGGAUCACAUGGACUGAUGAUUGCAGCCAUUCCCUGGUUCUUGGCGGUGACGAUGUUUAUGGGGCACUUUGUAUUAACGGGAGUGGCAGUUUGUCACAGCGUCAGAAAACAGCAGACUCCCAUUUUUCUCUCCACUUUGGGCAUUCCAAAGGCAGGCCAGGAGAAUCUAAAGGACUGACUAGAAUUCUGUCAGUUUUUUGUAGGUUUGUUUUGUUCCAUGGUCAUUUCAUCAGUAGCGAAGGACAGCAUUCUGCUUUACUGACCAAAUCUAAGGGACAUGCAGCACCGUGGUCCACUGCUCUAUUCACUAUCUUGUAAAUACAGUUAGAAAAUUAUAAAUAUGAAUAUAUAUUUACAAUGUACUCUUAUUUUUAUUACCAUAAUUGAUUUAUUUUGUUUUGUACAAGGAUUCUUUCGUUUGAUCCAUUUUGAAUAUAGUCCUUAGGGGCAGUUGUUACAUGAGGGUAUUUUAAAAUUGCUGAGGAUUACAUGGCCAGUUUUUUUUCGCUCUAUCACAGCUUUGAUUCCCCUAAAUUUACUUCAUAAUCAUCAGUGGAAAAAAAAUAUAUUGGGUUUUCUAUUUUUUUUAGCUGUAAGUGUUUUUCAUGACACAGCUUUUCAAAACAGUGUAACUCAGUGUUUGGGGGUUUCUCUCCAGCAGAAAGAUAUAGAUUUAUGAAAAUGUCUGUUGUGUGUCUGUGUACGUCUGUAUGUGCGUAUGCGUGUAUGUAUGCAGGGUGUGUGUGUGUGUGCGCGGAAACUUGUCUCAGUCAAGACUGUUCAUUUGACUUGGAGGAUGGUCACAACUGUAAAUAUUCCUGGUUGUUCGCCAUGCUUGUUAGAAUCCAGAGUAAUCUGCUUCAGUCAACAUCGUGCACUUCCACUGUGCAUGCCUUCCAUGUGAUGAACUUAUCUUCAACUGUAAAUGCUUUAACAGAGGUUGCUGCCAUAUAACUUCUGACGAAGGGUUGCAGAACACGUAUGUCAUCGUAAAAAGGAUUACAUUAAAUAAAAUGCUAUUGAUAAACAAACUA